AUGGCGGCGCCCGGCCUCCCGCUGCUGGUCUUUGAGGAGCCUUUCCGCGGCUUCCUGUCCGCUCUGGCCCUCGGCCCGGCGGGGGCCGUUACCGCAUUCCGCCUCCUGCAGCACCGCCCGCCCCGGGGACAGGGGCAACCCCAGGCCCGGGCCCAACCCCAGGCCCAGGCCCGGGCCCAACCCCAGGCCCAACCCCAGGCCCGGGCCCAACCCCGGGCCCAGCCUCAGCCCCAACCCCAGGCCCAACCCCAGGCCCAGCCUCAGCCCCAACACCAGGCUCAGGUCCGGGCCCAACCCCAGGCCCAGGCCCAGGCCCGGGCCCAGCCCGGGGCAGAGCAGCCUCUCCGCUGGCGACGCUUUGUGGACACCCUGUGCCGCCCCGAACCGUCCCUGGAGGGCGGUCGGCAGCAGCUCACACUAAAGCCUUUGCUUUAUCUACUACCAGUUGUUGUUAGAAGAAACCUCUUAUCUUUUCUUCAUCUGGCCCACAACAUGGUCCCCAAAGACUGUCUCCAGCGUCUUAUCGUGCAGUUUAAGCAGAGCCCUGAUGCUGAUCUCUGGACACGAGCAUUAAUGGGUGUCCUGGAACAGGACUUAGAAGAUGGUCUGUGCCAUUUCUCCUCUGUUCCUCUAUCAGACCAGUCUCAGCAGCAGCUGAAAUCUCUGUGUCAGAAUAUAGCAGGGUUUUCCCAAGCCCAAGAACAGCCUGAGAGAAAGUUAGGAUGGGACAUGGGGCAACAGCACAGGAACACCGGUAAUGAAUUCCCUGAGGAUAAUACCAACUGCAGAACAACCUUAAUCCUAAGCUCCAAGAAACGUAAAAACUCGGCUUGUGAAAGAGAUGCUUUGGAAGACGAUGAACAAAAUAUUGCGAAGAAAAUGAAAGUGACACGCGAUCCUGCUAAUCUCAACGAUGAUGAGAACAGGGAUCUGACCUCAGUGACUGAGCAAGCUGAAAAGAUCAAUCUUAAAGGAAACAAGGAGAAGUCAGACACCGCUGAGGUGGAACCCAGCACAUUGCCAAACCCAGAGGUCACCCUAGAUUUGCCAGAAUUCAUAAAGGCAUCUGUACCCAGACUCAGGGAGAUCUUUGAGGCAGAUUCAGACCAGUCAGAAGCACCUCAAGAACUAAAUAUCCUGAAUGAAUGUGACCCCAUCCAGCUUGAGAAGAUGUGUUCACUGCUGUGCCUGUCUGACUUUCCAGAACAACUGCUGCCCCAGGUCUGCAGCAGACUGCUGUCAAUGGCGUCUGACCUUAGUUACAGCAAUGCUGCAGUGCUUGCACGCAACCUCUUUUUGACCAGGAUUCUCUCGCUGACGGAGCCUGCCUCACGCUUUCUAACAACUGCCAUCACCUCGUUCUGCAGGACGUACACUCGGCCAUGUUGUACUGCUGUGAUCGGACCCGUCCUUCAAACUCCACACGCAGGGAAUGUUCAGAUGGAGCUCAUCUGCAGACUCACACAGGAUAGCCUGGAACCAGAGCAUCUAACACUGAUUUUUGGGCAGAUCCUGCUCAGCUCUUGGAGUGAAGAAACUCUCUCUGUGGUACAUUCGCUGCUGGAGGGGAAGGUAGAAGUAACAUCUGAGCUGUUUGACCAGUUUGUUCACAAGUUAAGUCAACAGGCAGGGAGGUUCAGCCAAUCCAUGAAGUACGCAAGAAUGGUACUCGCUGUGCUGACAAAGUACCAGAUACACCUGUGGACUGAAUCGCUCAGCGUAGGCUCCCGAGAGUGUGAAACUGGGGAGAACGGGCGCGGAGGCACGACGACCGCACGCUACCCUGGCAGCAGGCGGCUGGGAGAUGGCACAGGAAUUGCAGGACGAUGCCCCUGGCAGGAUCUGAAUGGCCGGCUCGGAGCCGCGCCUGGUGGAGUGCCUGGCGGUGUGCAGGCCGGGUUGCAGGCCCCGGCACUGGUG